AAUGACACGUGUAUUCAAGAUGGCGGCGGCGAUGGAGAUGUGGGCACUGUUAUUGGUGUCCACGCUGCCUUGCGUAGCACCCUUUUAUGUACCAGGGGUUGCGCCCAUGAAUUUCCACCAGAACAGCCCCGUUGAAAUAAAGGCUGUGAAAUUGACCAGUUCCAGAACCCAGCUGCCCUACGAGUACUAUUCACUUCCCUUCUGUAAGCCUGAAAAUAUUGUCUACAAGGCAGAAAACCUUGGUGAGGUGUUGCGAGGAGAUCGUAUCGUAAACACACUAUACACUGUUUUUAUGAAUCUGGACAAGAAGUGUGAGGUGUUGUGUAAAAAACCUGAAAGUCCCAUCAAACUCUCAGUGGAGGAGAGUAAACUGCUAGCAGAGCGCAUCCAGGAAGAGUACUAUAUCCACCUCAUUGCAGAUAAUCUCCCUGUGGCCACACGCCUGGAGCUGUACCCAAACAAAGAGGAGGCAAUAGAUGAAGAACAGAAGAAGGACACGUUGAAGGAUGUUCAGUUUGAGCAUGGCUACCGGCUCGGCUUUACUGAAAACAACAAGUUCUAUUUGCACAACCAUCUGUCAUUCAUCCUGUACUUCCACAAAGAAAAGUUGGAGGACGCAGAGGAACACAAUUACAGAGUUGUACGUUUCGAGGUUAUGCCGAAGAGCGUUAAGCUAGAAGAUAUAAAAGCAGACGACCGAGGCACAUGCACAUUACCUGAAACAGUUGCCCCUGUUCCUCAGGAGAUCGACCCGUCUAAAGAAAACAACAUUCUCUUCACAUACUCUGUGCACUGGCAGGAGAGCGAAGUGAAAUGGGCGUCUCGUUGGGACACGUACCUCACCAUGAGCGACGUGCAGAUCCAUUGGUUCUCCAUCAUCAACUCUGUAGUCGUGGUGUUUUUCCUGUCAGGCAUUCUGAGUAUGAUCAUCAUCAGGACCCUGAGGAAGGACAUUGCCAACUACAACAGAGAAGAUGACAUUGAGGACACAAUGGAGGAGUCUGGAUGGAAGAACGUUCAUGGCGAUGUGUUCCGCCCACCUCAGUAUCCCAUGAUACUUAGCUCCCUGUUGGGCUCUGGCAUCCAGAUGUUCUCCAUGGUUCUCAUUGUUAUCUUUGUGGCGAUGCUGGGAAUGUUGUCACCAUCCAGCCGAGGAGCUCUGAUGACGACAGCCUGCUUCCUCUUCAUGUUCAUGGGUUUGUUUGGAGGAUAUUUUGCCGGAAGACUCUACCGCACUCUUAAAGGCCACAGAUGGAAGAAAGGGGCUUUCUGCACAGCAACUCUUUACCCAGCUGUCGUCUUUGGCAUCUGUUUCGUUUUGAACUGUUUCAUCUGGGGAGAGCAUUCUUCUGGCGCAGUUCCUUUCACUACGAUGCUGGCUCUGUUGUGCAUGUGGUUUGGUAUCUCGUUGCCUCUCGUGUAUCUGGGCUAUUACUUUGGUUUUCGCAAGCAGCCAUAUGACAAUCCAGUCCGCACCAAUCAGAUCCCUCGACAGGUCCCUGAGCAGCGCUGGUACAUGAACAAGUUUGUCGGCAUCCUGAUGGCAGGAAUCCUGCCUUUUGGUGCCAUGUUCAUUGAGCUCUUCUUCAUAUUUAGUGCUAUCUGGGAGAACCAGUUUUAUUACCUGUUUGGAUUCCUCUUCCUCGUCUUUAUUAUUCUUGUGGUUUCCUGCUCUCAAAUCAGCAUUGUGAUGGUGUACUUCCAGCUAUGUGCAGAGGACUACCGGUGGUGGUGGAGGACGUUCCUUGUGUCUGGAGGAUCUGCCUUCUACGUCCUGAUCUAUGCCAUUUUCUAUUUCGUCAACAAGCUGGACAUUGUGGAGUUCAUCCCCUCUCUGCUGUAUUUUGGCUACACGGCCCUGAUGGUUUUGUCUUUCUGGCUGCUAACGGGAACGAUUGGCUUCUACGCUGCUUACGUCUUCAUACGGAAAAUUUACGCCGCAGUCAAAAUCGACUGAGAUCUGUCUUUCAGUUUUUGUUUCCUUUUUUUCUGUUUUGUGAAGCAAGCACUGAUGCGUGUGAAUUGCUGGCGUGAGGUGCAGCAGCGCCCCCCUUAUGGACUGGAGGAAUGAACAGAGAUGUGUUUUGUACACUUAUCAAAACCUUUCUCUCCUGCUCUCUCUGCCUCAGCAAAGAUGUAGAGAAACAUUAUGAACGGUUCCAUUUUUAUUGUUUGUAUAUCCUUUUUGCACACACAACAUGGGCCAAAGUGUGUCGAUUUGACUUUUUGUUUGUUUAGGUGGGGAGAUUGGAUUUUUGGGCUGGGUCUCAUGCUUUUGAAGACAUAGUUGCAUAUUAUAUCAUUUUACAAUCUAACUCUGUGUCCUUUUAAUAUAAUGUUUGAUUUCAACUUG